AUGACUAUGAAACAAGGUAAAUCAGUAUUUGUAAGUAGUAAAUUUCGUAUGUUGAAACGUACGCAUACAAUGCAUGUUGGAUAUACUGGACCGAUGAAUGAACCAUCUAAAUUUAUCCAUUUAGCAUGUGAAUGUAUAUGGUGGCGGCCGGUAUUCGAUAUGAUUCCUAAACUUAGUAUAUUGUUCAUCUUGAUAACCGUUACUAGAUAACACCCAACGGUGUAUAAAAUCAGAAGAUGAAUACAAAGCAUUGAUUACGUUUAUUAUCACAUCACACACAGAUUGUCGAAACCAUAAGCACACGAAUAAAGAAUGAUAUGCGAAUGCCAAAGAGCUAACAAGCGAAAUCUAUUUGUCGGCUUCACCGUU